AUGCAACCUUUGGAUAAAUCAGAGUAUACAAAAAUACCAGAUGUUUUAGUGGAUGACGAUGAUUUGAUAAAAGCUGGUAAUGAUACAUCGUCUGAUACAAGUAACCCAUAUUUAAGACCUUCCGUUGAAUUGAACGGUAGAAUAUCAUAUUUACAAGACUUGGAAGAUCUACCACAGGGUCGACAUUUAGGCUUGUUUUCAACAGUUAUUUUAUUUGUUAGUCGUAUAUUAGGCAGUGGGAUAUUCAGUAUCACUAGUGGGAUAUAUCAAGAUUGUGGUCAAUCAGUAGCACUAUUUUUUGCGGCAUGGGUCAUUGCCGCAAUAGCAUCCUUUGGUGGACUUUACGUGUUUUUGGAAAUGGGGUCGUUGGUUCCCAGAAGUGGUGGUGCCAAAGUGUUUCUUGAAUUUAUAUACCCUCGACCAAAACUAUUAGCCACAGUAGCAUUUCUGGUUUACUCAGUUAUGUUUGGGUUCACCAUAUCCAAUGUGUUAGUGUUUGGUGAAUAUUUGAUACAUGCAUUAGGCUUGGAACCAUCUGAUUUCAAAACAAGAUUCACUGGAUUGAUCUUUUUAUAUUUUGCCGCAAUUCUCCAUGGUGUUAGUGUGAGCCAUGGGGUGCGAAUCCAGAAUGUGUUGGGUGGUUUGAAAUUAGUUUUAGUGGUUGUCAUUGUGGUUGCUGGAAUUUAUGUGACAGCAUUUCCUCAGUCAAUCACUGGAAUUGAAAAUCAACUUGAAUGGGAUAGAGUUUUCGAAGUCAGAUCAAGCGCUAGUGUACUGACUUUUGCAUCAGCAAUAAUUAAAGCAUCAUUUGCGUUUUCUGGUUGGAACUCAGUUCAUACUGUUGCCAAUGAAAUUAAAGAUCCAGUGCGUACACUAAAGAUCGCUGGUCCAGUAUCAUUGACCAUUAUGGCAGUCACAUAUUUUAUUGCUAAUUUGGCAUAUUUAAUAGUGAUACCAAGCGAUGAACUUGCUAAUGGGAGUACCCUUGCAGGAUCAAUAUUGUUUACCAAAAUUUUUGGGCAAUUUUUAGGGAAGAAAUUGUUGACACUAGCUGUAUCAUUGUCUGCAGGUGGGAAUAUUUUUGUCGUUAUUUACACUAUUUCUCGAGUCGAUCAAGAAGUGUUUCGUGAAGGUUAUUUGCCAUUUUCAAGAUUCAUGUCAUCCAAUUGGCCCUAUGGUGCACCUUUGAGGACUUUGUUAUUAAGUGUGGCCAUAACCACCACAGUCAUUGUGUUAUUCCCAGGAGGCGAUAUCUAUAGCUACAUGGUAUCCUUGGAAGGUUAUCCACAACAGUUGGCUAUUGCAUUAAUAGCAAUUGGAAUAUUUAUAAUUCGCAAACGGUACCCAGAAUUACAUUCACCUAUUAAAGCAGGUGUUGUUGGCACAAUAGCUGUUUUCCUUAUCAGUUUAUACUUGUUAAUUGGUCCAUUUGUGUCUAGUAAGAGUCCUAAUCCAAAAGGGUUAGAGAACUGGCCAAAUUAUGGGGUAGUUGCAAUAAUCUGUAUUCUUGCUUGUAUAGGAUUCUGGUACAUCAAAUUUAGGUUAUUACCAUGGCUAGGGGGUUAUGAAUUAGUGUCUGAGGAGGUACAGUUGAGUGAUGGCUUACCUGUAAAGAAAUGGAAAAAGUUGCAUAGUUAUAAUACUUUAUAG